AUAAUUGCCCUGGGUACGCAGUACUCGGCAGAAAACUCGAGAGGUUUCACCAACGAUACUUUUUUCUCCCUGUUUUGAAUUUCCUGCUGGAAAGUGGAAACAGAAAGGGAAAGACUGGGUUUAGACUUUCAGAUAACCUCCUCACACCAGGAGGCUAUACGGACAACGGACAGACACACUGGGCGCAUACCAACGCAAGCCGCUCACAGUCAACAGCUCGAGGAUUCACCAGGUGUUUCUUUGAAAAAUUGGGAAGCAAGCCGACGCCUAAACGUUAAACGGGCUGGUCUGGUCCGUCUGAAGAGAAAAGGAGCUGGAUACGUGCUCAACUUCCAACAAACAAAGUACAGGAAGUGACUGGCAUUGUCCUCGGUAGGGAAGUAUGAAGAUGCUGCUGGCUGGCCUCGCUGUUCUGCAGCUGUGUCUUACUCCAGCACUGCUACAGGUGCCCAGUGGAGACUACUGGGAGGAGUGGGGGGCGUACGGGGAGUGUAGCAGGAGCUGUGGAGGGGGCGUCACCACGAGGUCCAGGAGGUGCAUCACCCUCAGGACGGACGGGGGGAACAACUGUGUCGGCCCAGAGAAGUCCUACCGCUCCUGCAACAUCCAGGACUGCCCAGAGGGCUCCAGGGACUUCAGAGAGGAGCAGUGCUCUCAGUUCGAUGGAACUGACUUCCAGGGGAAGCGCUACAAGUGGCUGCCUCACUAUGGAGCGGAGAACCCGUGCGAGCUGAACUGCAUGCCUCGCGGCGAGAACUUCUUCUACCGCCACCGCACCGCUGUGGUGGACGGCACGCCAUGCCACCCUGGACGCAGGGACGUGUGUGUGGGCGGAGUCUGCAAGCGCUUGGGCUGUGACAACAUGCUGGAGUCUCCCCAGCAGGAGGACCCCUGCCUGCAGUGCGGGGGAAGCGGACAGUCCUGCUACCCAUCCAGGAGCUCCUUCACUGUGCGUGACCUGCCCAGAGGCUACAACCAGGUGGUGAUCAUUCCUGUGGGCGCCACCACCAUCAGCAUCAGGGAGACGGUCCCCACUCGCAACUACCUGGCCAUUAAGAACCUGCGAGGGGAGUACUACCUCAAUGGCCACUGGGUAAUUGAGUUUUCCCGCGCCACCCCCAUCGCUGGCACCAUGCUGUACUACCAAAGGGGUGCAGAGGGAGACAUGACUCCUGAGACCAUCAUCGGCCGGGGCCCCACCACAGAGCCUCUCGUCAUCGAGCUGAUCGUCCAGGAGCCCAACCAGGGGGUGGAGUUUGAGUACUACCUGCCCCACGGGCGCUCCAGACAGGGCUACUACUGGAGCCACGGCUCCUGGUCCUCCUGCAGCAUGGAGUGUGGAUCAGGGUACCAGUCUCGUCUGGUCUUCUGUGCCAUCGACAACGAGGCCUACCCCGACUACCUGUGCUCCUCGCUGCCCCGCCCGCUCAGCAACCGCACCUGCAACCCGCAGCCCUGCCCGCAGACACACAGGAUGGCGUACCUGUACCCGCCACACAUGUGGAGGCCCUCAGAGCAGCCCAGACCAUAUGUGUUCAGCUGGGAGAUGGGCUCGUGGAACCCGUGCUCGGUGUCGUGCGGCGGGGGCUCCCAGGUGCGCAGCGUGCAGUGCGUGUCCCACGAGGCGGCCGGGCCGCGCGUGGUGGAGGACGCCGUCUGCGCCGCCUACUCCCAGGCCCCGCCCACCCUGCAGACCUGCAACAUGCGGCGCUGCGCCGAGUACAGAGCCGGAGCGUGGAGCCAGUGCUCGGUGACGUGCGGCGCGGGGCUCCAGAGCCGGGAGCUGCUGUGCGUGGGCUCGGGGGGUACGAGGCUGGAGGACGUGGCCUGCUCCGCCCUGCCGCGCCCCACCCUCAGCCAGGCCUGCACCCUGGCCGCCUGCCCCGUACACAUCGGCUGGCACGUCGGAGACUGGGGACUGUGCUCUAAGAGCUGUGGCACCGGCCUACGUGAGCGCCAGGUGAUCUGCUCCGACAGAGAGAGGAACCUGUACCCUGUGGAGCGUUGCAGCGCCUACCCCAAACCCUCCACUGUGGAGGGCUGCAACGACCAGCCCUGCUACAGCCCCCAGGUGGUCCCCAGCAUGCAGGACCCAAGAGGACAUGACAACACCCAGCUAGGAUUCCAUCCCUACGUACCUGACCACUCAACAGUCCCCAGACCGGAGCCCGCCGGCCCCCAGACCAACACGGUGUACGACCCCCACAGCCUGGCCCCGGCCCUGCACUGCAGCCAGACCUACUACGGCUGCUGCCCCGACGGACGCUCCUCCGCCAGGGGCCCGCUGGGCCAGGGCUGCACCCAGAGCCCCCCCCUGACCCCUGCCCAGCCCUCCUGCACCUCCUCCAGAUAUGGGUGUUGCCAGGAUGCGGUGACCUCAGCACAGGGAGCCAAUCGGGAGGGCUGCCAGGAGUACCGCCCCGCCCCCACGUCUGCCCCCACCCUCCCAGCUGAGAACAGUGUCCAGUGUCGCCUGACCGCCUACGGAUGCUGUUACGACCGCACGACCUCCGCUGGAGGGCCCAACGGAGAAGGCUGUCCCAACCCCCCCAGUGGCAUUGAGCGCUCCACCUGCUCCCUGCCCCGGGCGGCCGGCUCCUGUGCCGGCUGGACACCCCGCUACCACUACGACGUCCUCACCGCCCGCUGUGUCCACUUCUGGUUCGGCGGCUGCCACGGCAACAACAACAACUUCCUGUCCCGCGCCGAGUGCCAGAGGUCGUGCCAGUCGGCCUCGCCCAGCCAGCUCGCCCCCCGGCCCGCCACCCCCUCCAGAGGGGGGGCCACCCCCUCCGGUGGGGCGCCCACCCCCGACACCUCCACCCCGGGCCGUGGGCGUGACACGGGCAGCGUCCAGCCCGGCUCCAGUGGCAGACUGGGCACCAACGCUGCCACCCACGCCCACCGCGCCCGGGUCCACCUGCGUCCUCGCCGGCCCGUGGCCGUCCAGCAGACCCUCCCUGCCGCCAGCCUGACCAGUCCAGGGGUGAGUAUCGACAAGUCGGACCCGUCCUGGGUGGAGGGCCUGGCGGGCCAGACAGUGGUGCUCCCCUGCCGCGUCAGCCCUCCCCCGUCCUCCAGCGUCGUGGUGGAGUGGAGGAGAGACGGCGUUCCCCUCCCGGCCCACAGGCAUAAUCAGCAACCUAACGGUUCCCUAUUGGUCGGUCCUCUCACAGUGGCUGACUCUGGUUGGCUGCUUUGUGUUGCGACGCGGGACCGGGCCCGUGAAAGAGACCAUCGCUACAUCUACCUGUCUGUCUCUGAGGGUAUCCCCCAGGAUGACAGGCCAGGAACAGGAGUCUCCCAGCCUCUACACCCUCAGCCUCCCCGCCAGCCAUCCAUCAGGUUCAGCAUCGAUCGCUCUGGCUCGGCCCAGCUGGAGGGCAGGGCAGGGGGGACGGUGAGGCUGGCCUGCAGGGUGCUCCCAGCCUCGGCCCUGCCCUCGGUCAGCCUGCAGUGGACCAGGGACGGCCUGCCCCUCACCUCUCCCAGGCACUCCCAGCACUCGGACGGCACCCUGGUGAUUGGCCAGCUGAGCACGCAGGACUCGGGGACGUACACCUGCACGGCCUCCACUCACCAGCACCUGGAGCAGAGGCAGCUGCUGCUGCGUGUCCACGGCGACCUCAUCACCACGGCGCCCAACAACCUGCAGGUGGCGCAGGGCGACACGGCUCGUCUGCCCUGCGUCGUAUCCGGGGACAACGUCAGCGUGGGCUGGUCCAGAAACGGCGUCCCCGUGCGCGCGGACGGUCGUAACGUCCAGACGUCCCCAGACGGGAGUCUGAUCCUGAACAACGUCCAGCUGUCAGACGAGGGCUCGUACACCUGCAACGCCUACGUGGGGACCUACUCCGUCAGCGCCACGGCCGAGAUCCGCGUGUCCAAGCCCUCGCAGCGAGACCAGGAUGCGGAGGUGGGCGUGCCAGCGGAGUGCGUGGACCAGCCCGACCUGGCCAACUGUAACCUCAUAGUGUACGCCCGGCUGUGCAACAACCCCUACUACGCCAGCUUCUGCUGCGCCAGCUGUGCCCGCCACGCUCAGGGGGGCUCCAGGGGCCGCCGGACGGGGUAGGGUGCCCAGGGCUGAUGCAUUGUGGGAAGGAGUGGGAGGCCAAAGGGGGGGUCCUUCCUGAGGACUUCCGAACCUGCACAGAUCCCAGAACCUCCCGUCGCUGGUACCAAGACUGACAUGCUGACACUGUUCUGUCUGUUCAGUCUGGUGUUUCAUCUAACUGGGACGAUCCACAUUAGUGUGUCUGUCCUGGUAGAAAUGUUCAAUCAAGGAGACAUGCCUGUUGUUGUUGUUCAGGGAAUAUUUUGUACUGUUCUUAUAUUCAGUUUCAUGUCCAGUUGAAACCACUACUUGGGAAGCAUCACUUAAGCUGGGUGGAACUGGUGCAUAGUAAUGAACACACACACAGACACACACACACAGACACACACACACACACACAGACACUCUUCCGCUGGAUCUGUCAAACCUGUAGGGUGCUACAGGUGCUCUAGUCUAAACUGAAUCAGUUGCUUUUUUGUUCUUUGAAUUUGUUCUGAGAAACUAAAGAUUUUGUUAAACUAGCUUGCAUCACUCCAUUUGACCUACCAGGGGAAUUCAGUUUAUUUGCUGUUUCAUCACUUUAAAUCAAUAUUUGCUGGGAACAUAAUGAUACAAAUGAUCUAGUCCCAGCUCAGAAUGACUGUAAUUUCACAGUUUUCAUCCUUUCAUUACUCUGUAAUUAUUGUGAAAUAAAAUAAUAUUUU